AAUUUUUCCAUUUUGCAUCAUUAUUGAAUUCACGACCUUUCAUUUUCGGGAAGGUGUUAUUUUUUAAUUUUCCAUCAUAGUUGUGUUGGCUGUGAAAAUCCAAUUAAUUCUUUAUAAGUGUAUGUGCCCCAUAAAGUGCUUAAAAUGGAAAAUGAUAUUAAUUUUCACAAUUUGCGACUUGAUUUGAAUCGAGAAAUGGAAACAGAAAAUAGUGUUUUAACUGAAAAUGGACAGACGGAAAAUGUAGAAGUAAAAUUAUCUCCUGUACAAAUACAACAAGAAUAUUUUGAAAACUUACCUGAUUGUGAUUGGGUUAAAUAUGAGAAAAGUAAUAGAAAUUACCUUUUGCAAAAUAUAGCAUUUGCUCUUUUUGGCGGGCCAAGUUUUGAAGGAGAUUUAUUGAAUAAUACAGAUUACAGAGAAGUGCAACUGGAAGGGUAUACAUCAAGGCAGAAAGAACAAGUUAUGAAAAUACAUGAUAAAAUAUGUGAACAAAGCAAAUAUUCUCAAAAUGAUGAAGACAUUUUUAUGUCAAUACUUUUAAUUGUAUGUGCAAAGCCUAAACCAGUGAAAUUUUAUCAACUUGAACCAGAAAGUCAUUGGCUGGACCUACAUCAACGGAAUGACAUUGAUAUUUGGUGUACAGCUGUCUUCAGAGUUAGAAAAUGUAUACCAACCACAGUUAACGCAAAACCAUGUAGGCUUUUCAUUGAUGAUAAUGCAAGAGUUUAUCAGGAUUGGGAUUCAUAUUUAAAAAAUAAUACACUACCUAAAUGUGUCAUAAUUGUGCCGGAAAAUGGUGAAUAUGGGGGUGUCAUUAUUGAGGGUGAAGAAAUUGCUGUUAAAUUAACAGUUGCACCGUCACCUGCUCUUGGUAUUAAAGCAAAAGUAUUAAGUUCUGUGGACACAGCUAGUACAGUAGCGUCAUUGGGAGCGGUCGGAGUGCUGGGAGCUGCGGUAUUCACUCCUAUCGGACCGGCUGUUUUAGUUGGUGCCACUGUAGCUACGGUGGCCACUGGAGUAUAUGGGCUAUUCCGUUCCUCUCUACAUUUACAUGAUAGACGGACACAUGAACAGACUAUUAGUCCAACGGACGCAGAGGCGCGAGGUAGUUGGAUCAACAUCGCUACUUCAAGCGUAGGUUUGGCAGCGAGUGCUGCGGCCGGACUCCUCUCGCGCUCCGCAGCCGCCGGCAGUAACCUGACAAAGACUGGUCAGGCGUUGACUAUCUCAGUGGACUUACUUCGUCACGCCAACAUAUUUACGGGCGGAGUUGGCGUCGCUAACAGUCUCCUUGGUAUGAUUCUUAAAUACCGCAAACAUGGCGAGACGCCCAAUAAAUUGGAGCUGUUCCAAUUCUCGGCCGCUAUAUUGUUCUUCUGUCAUGGCGUCAUGUCUAACCGCACCGCGCAGAACAUUAUAGAGGAUGCUCAGACCAACACCAUCAAUGAAUAUAGAACGACGCUUAGAAGCAACAGGCAUAGAAAAAUAUUCGACAAAAUAAGCGCCGAAUCAAGAAGAGUACAAGGCACUAUCCAAGGUAACGUUGAAGUUAUCAAAGGUAUUAAAACUAUCGCUAACAAAGAUCAAUUCUUUGCCGAUGUUUUAAGAAUAAACAAAGAUGUUAAUCAACACAAAUUGCGAAUAUCAAUGACAUCAGACGGACAGGUGAAUUUGAACGCACAACACAAAUUCAAUCCCACGGAACUCUCUGGUAUUGGUAAGGAAGUUAGAUCUGAACUGUUUAGUAAUUUAGGUCCAGCUAAUGUUACAACAAGAAAUGUUUCAACAAAACUUACACCUACUUUCUCUGUAGCACAAAAUCCUAAUACAGAAGAGAACGGUUUUCUUGUUGGUAUUCACCCGGGUGAAGUUAUAAGAAUCGGUACAUAUCUGGUAAGAGUCAGUGCUAGUGGGGCUGAAGAUAUUUCUAGGCUACUCGAGGAUUUAAGCCAGGAAGUCUACGCUAACCUUAUGACAAUUUGUCUCAAUAUACUUUCAAAGUUAUUAUACGAAGAGAUUGCUCGCUUAAAACUUUUGAGUCCCGAAGACGAUUUGAUAGUCCAAAUUGUAAAAUUCGUUUUUAAUUAUUUAAAACAGGAAAGGCCUUUGGGUGAUCCAUGCUGGGAUAAUGAUAAUGGUAUAGUUAUUAUAUUGAAAGAAUUUUUCCAAGAUGGAGUCAUUCAAAGUAAUACAAUUUUACAUUUAAAAGAUCGACUCUUAGAUUGGGUUAAUCGUGAAAUUUCUGAUAGACAUUUACGAUUUCCUUCAAAGAAGCAAAGCAUAUGUAAUAUUUGUACGGGGGUACGUUUUGGGUAAUUAUUUUUUUUUUAAUAAAAUAUAUCAGUGUAAAAUUUAUA